AUGUCAAUCAAUGAUGAAUUAGAUAGUAUCAUUGGCGAAAACCCUGCCAAAGGUAUUACAAAAUAUCGUCGUCGUGACUUAAGAAAUGGAUUAGCGUCUAGAAUCGGGCGUGUUUCCGGCGACGUAAGAGACUCGGCAAGACGUGACUUUGAACCAAGGUCUUAUCACACGUCCAAUGGCCUAUACAACGAUGACGGCGUGAGAGGCCCAGCGGUUCCAGCCAAAAAAAGAAUGCGCAUCCUCCAUAUUCCCUUGGAUGUUUCAGACUUCGUUAUCGAAGACAUGGUAAAAGAAACUGCAUUGCCAGUGUACUCGAAUUUUUACGACCAUGCUGAUAGUCGUACUGGGGUGUUCGAGUUUGCGAAACAGGAGGAGAUAGAUGCAGUAGCUAAAGUUUUCACUGACAAAGAGCUCAACGGCGUCAAGCUCUCCGUAGAGGUUUACGAGUUAAAGAAUCGCCAAGAACGCCGGACACAAAGGAAAGGGCAGCGGGGUGGCAGGCGCCCACAACGUGGAGAGAGGAAAGAGAAGCUUGCGCAGCCCACCGCUGAUCAGUUAGAUCAGGAGCUAGAAGCUUACAUGAGGGAGUAA